GUGGAAACCACGAAGGAGCUGUCAAAAUCUUUAUAAUUAUUAUUACUAUUAUUUAGAGCAGUGUGUUACUUUACUGUUGUCACUACACCAAUUCACAAGGAGUUCCCAGUGGUUUGCUUCCGCCGAUGCUCGCUCAGUCAUCAGCGCCUGCGCUGAUUCCCCCGUGCCGCUGGCUGCUAUGGUAACGGUGGGACUCGGCCCCGACUGAGUGGGCGAUCGGUAGCGUAGCCUCACUCCCGCUGCCACUGGUUGGAUGAGGCCUGGCCUCCUCCUCCCCCGUAUAUUUUCAGCUCCUCAAGGGGGAGCAGUCAUGUUCCAAGCCCGUGAUCAGGAUACGCGAGCCAGGGACAGUCAAACCAAAUAUAUUCAGAGCACUGUUGCAAAUGUGGAAAAACACUUUGGUGACUUGUGCAGCUUAUUUGCAGCCUAUACACGAAAAACUGCAAGACUACGUGAUAAAUCUGAUCUCCUAGUUAAAGAACUCCGAGAGUAUGCUGACACAGAAACCCCUCAUCUAAAAUAUGGCCUGAGUAGCUUUGCUGAUCACUUUGCUUUAAUUCAGGAUUAUCGACAUGCAGAGGUUGAAAGACUAGAAGCUAAAGUUGUGGAGCCCUUGAAGAAAUACGGUUCCAUUACCAAGUUGAAAAGGGAAGACCUCAAGAUUGCUACAGGUGCUAUAAAACGUGAAUCUAAGCAAAUGGCCCAUGUUGAGAAGAUGCGUCUGAGGAAUCCUUCUGAUCGACAGAUUGUUACACAGGCCGAGAAUGAAUUACAGAGGGUCACAAUGGAUGCCACUCGAAUUUCACGACAGCUGGAAGAAACUAUUGAUGACUUUCAAGAAGAGAAAAUUAAGGAUAUUAAGAAGAUUUUUGGAGAUUUUAUUACAAUUGAAAUGGCUUUCCAUGCAAAAGCUUUGGAAGUAUAUAGCAAUGCAUAUCAGCAUGUACAGAAUAUUGAUGAAGAGGCAGAUAUGGAGAUUUUCAGGAAUACGCUUCAUUUACACGACAAUCAAGCACGCCUAAGCAUAGUAUCUGCCAAUUCUGCAAACACUAUGAAUGGAACAAAUUCAGCACUAGCUAUAUCAGGAUCCUCUAAGCAACAAGUAUGCAUGAACAAAAAGGUUGACGAUGACGACGAUGACGACGAUGACAAUGACGACGAUGAUGAUGAGGAAGAUGAAGAAAAUUGAGGAAGAAGCCAAUUCUGCUUUUUUGAUUUCAACAGUUAUUUAUGUGUAUGGUACAUUUAGUAUAUUUUCAUUGAUAGAAAAUUGUCCAGCCUUUAAAAUUUAAGAAUUGCUCUAAAAUAUAAUACUGCCAAACACGGUUUUCAUUUUUCUAUGCCAAAAUAUUACAUGUAAACAGUUUAUCUAUAACUCAUUAAAUAGUUAUGGGUACAUUACUCUAUAUACAACAGGUGUGUUAAAGUUCAUCCUAUUGUGCAACAAUAUUUAUAUUGCAUGCAUUUUCACAUUCUAAAGUUUAUAUCUUUCUCGUACAGCAAAGGUACUGGUAAUUUUCCUCAGCCAUACAAAAUUUUAUUAUACAUGCAGUUAACAAACUUUUUUUAUGUAAAUAAGUGUACAUUGAUGAUGAAAGGGAGCACAAUAUUUGAUGUUUGUGUAUGCCAUUAAUGGAGGUAAGGUCAUCACUAAUCUGGACAUAAGAAACAUGGAAAAAGCCCAGCAUUCAUUACCCAUCUACGAUUGACUCAAGAUGGGUAUUCUUUGUGGCAGCUACAUUCAACCAAGGGAUUUACUUCAGAAAGCAAUUAACAAUCGCAUCAGUAUAUUGCUGCGCAUACCAGUCUGGGUAAGGAUGGCAGAUUUCCUCUUAGAAGAGGAAUAAUAAUCUAUUUGUGUUUUUUUUAAUUAUCCAAUAGCUUUAUAAGAUUUUUUCUUAUUUUUUAAUGACAUAUUUUAAAAUGCUAAAUCCAAAUUCUCAGAACAUGAACUUGUAUUUUCCAGAAUUUUAGUCCAGCUUUAUCACACUAUACAAUAUUCUUGGAAUUUACUGUGUAAACUUUUGGCUUAUGGAUUAAUUGACAGUGAAGUUCAGAAUUCUAACUUGGAACUUUUGAAAUUCAUUGGAUGUUGACAGAAACUGUUGCACAGUUCUGUACUCAAGAUCACCACCUACUACUUUUCUAAUUGAAAUUAGUGGAUUUUGUUUGUAUCACUUCCAAUUUAGUCCAUUGUAAAUGCUUGGAGUUCAUGGGUUGUAGUAUGAAACGUGACGGAAAAUAAGCAGCCCAUUAAACAUUGAUUUUCUUUACCAAUGACCCCAAUUGGAAAAAAAAGCAGAGUGCAAAAUAAGGCCAUAGUGUUAAAAUCAUGAAUAAUGUUAAUGUACAAUAUUGUCUGCUAAAUCCAUUUAUGAUAUUGGCACUUCCCUAUUACCAAGUGAAAUUUCCAGUACCUAUAUCAGUCACACUCAUUGAUGGUAAACUUUUUCGAAUGAUAAAGCAAAAGCAUUUAAGUUAUCAAUUGUACGGCUUUGAUAAAACUCCAACUGCUUACCCACUGAUGUUCCCAGUUUUUGUUAGAUAGCUGUUAUCUCCAUACUCUUCAAUACAAUAAACUUCACAUUCUUCACUCCUUUCAGCUAUUUCUUUUAUGGCAUUAUAUAGCUAAUCAGUAAAACUAAGCUGUAGUAUUUUUGAUAACUCCACAUUUAGUCACAUUUAUUGAUAAAUGAAAAUGGUAUGGACUUUCCAUCAGGGUUUAAGGUUAAGAAUAAGGUUUCAAGGUUGGAUUCCUCUGUUUCAUUUCUUUUCCUGUUAAUUGUUCUUGAUGUAGUUUGUGUUUUGGGCAUAUUCCAGCUACAAAUCAAUCUCAAAAUUAGAAAUAAGAACAGAAGAUGCUAGACCACUCAAGUUAGGCACCGUCGGUAGAGAGUUAAGAAUUCAUUACAUUUUGUCAGAACUAGGAAAAGUUUGAUGUCAUGUGUGUUUUCAGUUGCAGAGAAGGGGAUAGAUGGAGAGAAUUAGGGGAAUGGAGACCAGGAAAUUGAAUGAUACAGCUGUUGAGAGGAGUUGAAGGCGUGUUUAUCAUUGCUGAUUGAUCUGUAAGAGCUUAAACAGAAGGGGAAAAAGUAUUCAAAAUAUUUCCCCUCUCUAUGCUUACUAUUAAGUCAGUGAACUACCAGACCAAAGUAAAAUAUAGUCUAGGCUCUUAGAAAGGGAGUAAUCAUGGACCAUAAUUUUCCAAUCCUCUAUUAGCUUGUUACCAGAGGACUAGGAGAGUGCUGAUUUAUAAAGAAAGGGCAUACCAAGUAAUGAUAGCCUAGCAUCGACUGCAAAAAAAAUGUGGGGUAGUAAUCAAUUUGAAAGGUGCAAAUUAAUCAUCAGGAUAGAUUUGUAAAAGGGAAGUUGUAACUAACUAAAGUGAAUGUUUUGGGAAGUUAAUGAGGUGAUACAAAACUCGCAGUGUGAUUGACAGAUGGAAAGAACAAAGAAAUGCCAAUGACAGGGUGGAAACCAGAAUAAGAUGGUGUUGAUGCUGGCUGAAAGCAGGUGGUGAAGACACAGCUGAUCUGAAGGAGAAUAAUGACAGAGGAGAGAACAAUCAUUGAAAUGUUAUCUGUUUACACUAAUCCUAUUUUAUUCUCCCCACAUUCUCAUCACCACCCACCCAGAAUCUACCACUUACCCAAACACUAGGGGCAGUUUACAGUGGCCAAUUAACUCAAAUAUCUUCGAGAUGUGGGAGAAAACCAGAGCAUGUGGGGGAAAACCCACACUGAGAAUGUACAAAUUUCACAGCCAACCCCAAAGGUCAGAAUUGAGCCAGAUCACUGGAGCUGCAAGGCAGCAGCUCUAUUAGCUGUGAAAUCUUAAAUUGUUGAGUUCAAUAGUCCUGAGAGCUAUAACAUGCCUGUGGAAGUUGAGACACUUUCCUUUCUGAUACCAAAGAAUAAAAAAAAUCCCACAGCCAGAGGCCUUAGCUUUAUCUCCCUACCUCCCCAUCUUAAUGAAUUCCAAACCCAGCAUGAUGUUGAGCUCUUCCUCUGCUACCUGUGUGCCCAAUUUUUUUCUUAGUCAAAUCUUCAUCCCAGACCUUUUCCUGUCUUCAGGAGUCUCUAUCUCACCUGGAAGCCUCCCUCUGAUCUCUUACCCUCUCUAGACCUUACUAAUUACUGGCAAAUGAUAGUAACCAUUUCAAUUUUGCUAUUGCCUGUACUCCAAUGUCCAACCCCAAUGUUAUCAAAACACAUUGUCGAGAGUGCUGCUAUUAUUUGGUAAACUGACUUCUACCUUGCAGCUAUUGUUUUCUGGACCUUAACCCCAACACUGAAUAUCAGGCCACUGUCCUCAUCUUCACUGGAGAUCUUUCACUCAACAGCCUCCAGCCGCAGAGUCCACUAACUACACAGGCCAUUUUUACCUUCUGCCCAAGAUCCUAAAACAGAUCCAGUGUUUCAACCUGUUCUUCUCCCACAGAACUGGCCUCUUUCUACUUUCACUCUAUUCGCAUCCCACCCACUCCCCAACCACCACAACAACAAUCCCUUCCUACUUAUAUCCUUGAUCCUCUGCCACUUUGACAGUUUGCAAUUCCUUGGUUCCAACAGGCUCACUUUCACCAUUGAUGCCCAAAUGCCCGAGACCUCUAUCCUACACCACAAUGGCCUGAGGGUCCUUUGUUUCUUCCUUGAACAUCGGCUCAACCAGUUUUUCUCCACCACCAACCAUCUUCACCUGCUUGAAUUCAUUUGCACAUUGAACAACUUCUCUCUUAACUCCACUCACUUUCCCACAUGGAUCUUUAUGGGUUACAUGUAACAAUCCUUAUUUUAAAUCAUCCUCAGAUCGCAUACUUCAUCCUUUUCCAUUUCUUUUGCUUCCUGCUCUUCUCCAUCCCUGGGCAUGUUGUGAAUCAAUAUCCAUUACACACCUGCAGAUUCCCAUUGCUAUCCUGCUUACUACUUCUCCUACUCCUUCUCCUAUAAAGACUCCAUUCCAUUACAAUCCUCCAGUUGCUCCAACUCCAUCAGAUAUUUCCCUUGUUCUCGCCACCCCUCUUCAUUCUCUGCAACCUAGUUCUCAUAAAAGGCCAUUGACAUGAAAUAUGAUUCUCCACUGAUGCAAAGUGCAGGACAUGUUAUUUUCAUCAUUUUUUUAAAUUUUGGAUUGCUUGCAGUGUUACAACUUUCAAAUAACCAAAUGUAAAAUUUUCAAUGAAUCAGUGUAUUUGGGCAGUGUUUUAGAACUUGUUAUAUUAUUCUUUGGUACAACUUGGGGUGAUACUAUUGACAACUGAGAAGCAUUUGUGAUAAAAGAAGCAAUAGUAUGUAAUCAGUCAUUUGUCAGCAAAUCAAUUUUAAAUAAAGUGAAAAAAAUAUAGAA